CAGCCUAAUGACAAAGAGAACAUUGAAAUCAGCCAUGUUUGUUUUAGAUACCAGUAGGUGUAUAUAAGUCCCCUCACUGGGAUUUCACAGCACCUUCUCCAUUACAGUCAGUUGGCUACAGUAUUUGAAUAUCAGGUCGGCAUCACAGAAAAAACUGCAAAGAUGUCUCAGCUGGAAACCGCAAUGGCAAUCAUCAUGAAAACCUUUGACAAGUACUCAGGUACAGACGAUAACAAGGGCUGUCUCAGCAAAGCAGAGCUCAAGACACUUAUGGAAAAAGAGUUUCCAAGUUUUCUCAAGAGUGCUAAGAACCAAGACGAGGUUGAUCAACUGAUGAAGGCCUUGGAUCACAAUGGAGAUUCUCAAGUGGACUUCAACGAGUUUGUCAUUCUCAUUGCUGCUUUAACCUGUGCUUGCCAUGGCUGCAGUGGUAAAAAAUAACUGUAACCUGAUGCAAUUAAAAUAAAGUUUUCACCAGUAUUGUUUUCUUUCUAUAAGCAUUGUUUCCAUUGGUCAUUACAAUAAACUUUAAAAGGCAGCUUGUCCAUUGUCGUACAGCUAAUACAGACAGCAAAUAAAUGUUAAAUUGAAAGGAGUGUCUGCCGUUCUUUUUAUUUCUUUAUCAGAGUUCAACAAUCAUGACUAAUCACUGAUUGUAUGUUAUUGAGGAUAAUGAAGAGGGGUGCGUGGAAUGCAUCAUUGAUUGAUAUUUAUGAUUGCUUUUUCAAAUUUGACAUGUUUCCUGUUAAUGAGAAAGACACAGGAGAGAAUGUACUUGCAUGUGCAUCAGGGGCAUCAUUUCUGAACCAUUCGGGGGGAGGGAAAAUUUGUGUAUUGAACAUUCUCUGUCUCAACUAGCAUCAUCAAAAAUAAAACAGGCAGUAAUUGCGCAAUGCAAGUAUUUUUAAAGCACGGCACUAUAACAAACUCAAAAAUGAUGCUCCAUUAAUCUCUCUUUAUGGCAAUAAAGGUCACAGUCAUAGUUUUUAUUGACAUGUUUGUGUUUUAAAAGUGGGUAGGUGCUUUAAUGGAAACCUAAUUGUUUUGCUGCCAGAUUCCUGAUAUCCCAGUUAAGUUACAUCCCAGACAGCCAGCGACAUCGGGCUAGUGUACCGUCACAAUA